AGAAAUUAGGGUGAACUCAGAAUAUGAAAUGAACAAAAAAAAAUAUGGAGUUUAAAUAGAAAAUCUUUACAUGUAUUAAGUUGUCAUGACAGUUUGGACCCCAAAAAAAAAAAAAGACAAAGGUUCGUCAUAUAGAAAUGGUGCCAUUUCAUCUAGAAUUUUUAGAGGCUUUUGAAAGACAUAUUUCUGGGUGGACCCGUUCUGAGUCUAAACCGACCCGACUAAAACCCUGCCCCAACGUUUACCAAAACCCUACACGAAGAGGUUUUCGCUCCUCCCACCUCUGACCAUCUUGGGCUCGAAUUGGAGCUCCAGGGACUGUACGGACAUGGAGAAACCUCUGGUGGCACUUGAUAAAGGCACCACCUGCUCGUCGUGGAACUACUCCAGCCAGAGAUUGGCCACUGGCUCAGUCGACGGAACGCUCGCCAUCUUCGACACGCGCGACCCAGCUUCUUCCUCUUUCUCCUGCACUUCAAAAUCGAAGGUGCAUGAGGCUGCUGGCAUUGUGAAAAUUGUUUGGGUUCCUCCAGAGUAUGGUGAUGCAGUGGCAUGUGUUUGCGCAGAUGGAACUUUGUCUCUGUGGGAGGAGGCUGCUGAAGAUGCGCAACCUAUUCAAUGGAAGCUCUGCACAAGCUUUAAAAGUGGGUCCGCUCAACUGCUAGAUACCCAAUUUGGAGUCUCACCGUCAGGUUUAAAAAUGGUUACUGCAUAUUCUGAUGGCCAUGUCAAGGUUUAUGAGCUACUAGACCCCUUGGAUCUGAAGAAUUGGCAACUUCAGGCUGAAUUUCAGAAUGUUAUUGAUUCAGUGUCUACGUUUGGGAAAGCCAUGUGCUUAGCUGCAUCUAUAUCUUGGAAUCCACAAAGAGGAGAGAGCCAGGAAUCCAGCUUUGUUUUGGGUUUCAAUUCAAACACACCACAACUUAAUUCUUCCAAGGUAUGGGAAUUUGAUCAGGCUCAUCAAAGAUGGCUCCCAGUUGCAGAGUUGGCUUUGCCUGGUGACAACAGUGAUCAGGUCUAUGCUGUUGCAUGGGCACCAAACAUUGGCAGGCCCUAUGAGGUAAUUGCUGUUGCCACUGACAAGGGAAUAGCAAUAUGGCAUCUUGGAUUAAACCCUGACUCAGAUGGAAGGCUCUCAUUGGAGAAGAUUGCACAACUUUCAGGACACAACGGCGAGGUCUGGCAGAUGGAAUGGGACAUGAGUGGGAUGACAUUGGCGACCACCGGGAAUGAUGGGGCAGUACGGUUGUGGCAGUCUAAUUUGAACGGCGUUUGGCAUGAAGAGGCUACAUUUGAACCCACUUCCUAGUCCCUUGCGACCUCUGUUGCUACAUGUUAAAAUGGCAAAUUCUCUGUUUUACGAGAAAACACAGUUUGUAAUCUCAUGGUAACAUGGUUGCCCUACUUAGUUUUAGAUCACUAGGUUUAAGCACUGUGCGGCAAACCCAAGAUCAGUAAGAAAGAAGAUUUGUGAUUGUAACUUUACACAUUGGUUCAAAUUUGAAAUUUUGUUGGUGAAUCUUUGUCAGCUUUGCGCU